CUUUAUUCUGUCAAUGUCAUCUUCAUCAAGUCGUAGUAGAAGACCCAAUCUAUGUGACAAAAAUAUUUUUGGGAAAUUAUUUUGUCUGGCGAAAGAAUGGGAAACGCAGGGAGUAAUCAACCUAAAGAAUGGCACCGAGACGCUGUGACGAAAGCUCCUGACGUUGGGCCGUCAUCACCAGUCAAAGAAGGCGAAGCGUUCACAUUUGACAAGAAGAUUGACGAUGAUCGCAUUGGCAGAGACGAGGAAAAUAACAUUGAAGAUGGUGCACCAUAUUAUACCAAGGCUGUUCCUGAAAGUGAUGUGGAAUAUAGCGGACCACGUGAGAGAUCGAAUACAUUGACAGAGAGUAGCAAGAUUAUUGACGAUGUAAAGGUUUUGCCAACUGUUUUUAAAUGGGAAGGAGGGGGUAAACAGGUUUAUAUAAGCGGAACAUUUACUGAUUGGAAAACAAUUCCUAUGGUGAAAUCCCAUGGAGAUUUUGUAACAAUAAUAGAUUUGCCUGAAGGUGAACAUCAGUACAAGUAUUUUGUUGAUGGAGAAUGGCGACAUGACCCCACUGUGAAGGUAGUGGAUAAUGGCAUGGGAAGUAAAAAUAACCUGGUAACAGUAAAAAUGUCAGAUUUUGAAGUAUUCCAAGCUCUUGCAAAGGACAGUGAAGGAAUACAUAGCAGUGCUCAAACAGAGUAUUCACAGGAAAUACCUCAAUCCAAGCCAUGGGAAAAAGUUUCAGGGCCACCUAUUUUGCCUCCGCAUCUAUUACAAGUCAUUCUAAAUAAAGAUACACCAUUGUCUUGUGAACCAACAUUGUUGCCUGAGCCCAAUCACGUUAUGUUGAACCACCUUUAUGCAUUGUCCAUCAAAGAUGGUGUCAUGGUAUUAUCAGCCACUCACCGGUACAGAAAGAAGUUAAUUGAGUUGGAAUCUGCGCUACUGGAUGGUUGUUCAGCUCAAGAAAUAAAUUUGCUCACUAAAGGCAAGAAGAUACCAGAAAGUUUACGUCCUGAUGUGUGGCUCCUUUGUCUUAACUGCCAAGAGGCAGGCAAUCAGCUACUUUCCUUUGAUGAAAUAUUUGAUCUUACUAAUCAAAAUGAACUCAGGGAUGAUGUAAAGAAGUUUGUGAAAAGACUAGGCAAUGAUGACGAUGAUAAACUAUCAGUAAUAUCUGAUAUUGAAUCAAUAAUAACUUUCUAUUGUACAUGCAGUUUGGAGGUAGUGCUUUUCAUGUGGGAUUUGUACUUUCAAAGGUCUGAUCCUUUCUUCAUAUUUUUCCUAUGCUUAAUCAUGGUUAUUAACGCCAGAGAACAACUUUUACAAAUGAAAAAUGAAGAUAAGGAUGCUAUAAUUCAAACCUUAAUUCAGAUGCCUUCAGAUCUAGAAGCUAAUGAUGUUUCUGAUUUUUGUUCACUUGCACAUUAUUACUCAUUAAAGACACCCCAGUCGUUCCGGGAGGAUGUAUUAGAAGUAUUGUUCUCAGAUAGUGGAGUAGAAAUAAACUCCAAGCUUUAUUCCCAAGCACUAUGUCUUCCUGUAGCUGUACAUGAGCUGAUUGAAAGUGCAACAUUAGAUUCUGGAAACAGUGACAGUGUUAAAUUCUUUUUGGUAGAUUGUCGCCCAGCUGAGCAAUAUAAUUCUGGUCAUCUGUCAACAGCAUUUCAUCUUGAUUGUAAUUUGAUGUUACAAGAACCUUCAGCAUUCAAUACAGCAGUCCAGGGAUUAUUGAAUGCACAACGACAAGCACUAGCUGCAGGGUCUCUGGCUGCUGGAGAACAUCUUUGUUUUGUUGGUUCAGGUAGGACUGAAGAAGAUAGUUAUGCACAUAUGGUGGUAGCAUCCUUCCUUAAAAGAAAUACUAAACAUGUGUCUAUGUUAGAUGGAGGUUUUGUUGCUAUCCAUGACUACUUUGGCCCACAUAUGACUGACUGUUUGGAAGAACACAACCCAUCUACUUGUUUAGUAUGUGCACCUAACAAUAAUAAUGAGGGUGCAGAAACACAUCAAACUAAAGGAAAGGAUAAUAUUCCAGCUAAACAGUUGUUUAGCAAACUGUCUUCAGCCAUGAAAGCCAAGAGCCAAGAGGUCAGGGGUAAAUUGAUUGAGUAUAUUGUAAAUCCAAACUCAACAUACAAUAAUGGAGAGUGGCAUGUUUCUGCUGGAGACAGGAAAGAGCAAAGAUACAGAAAUGUGCCUCCAGUGUUUAGCAUAAAUGACGAAGACGACGAUUCUAGGUCAGACAGUCUCAGGAGAGAUUAUACAGAUUCGGAUUCAUUAGAAGAAAUAGUCGAGUUGCAAUCCUUCCUCAAGGAACACAAUGUGGUAGAUAGUUUCCCAUGUCAAGAGGUAUUGCUUAAUGGAUAUAUGCAUGACUCUUAUUUGGUGGUAUCUGAAACACAUUUGAUUGUUUUGCGAGACAUACCAAACAAAAAAGGAGCUGCAAAAGUUAUGUCUCGAAGGCCACUGUCGACUAUUGUUAAAAUAACUGCAAAAAAGAGACACCCAGAGUUAAUUACCUUCAAGUAUGGAGUGCCAGAUGGUGACAAUCUUUUAAUCAAAGAUAUGGAUCGCUUCCUCAUUCCAAAUGCUUCUGUAGCUACAAAAGUGGUUUCAAACCAGAUUGUUCAACAAUUAGAUACCAAAGUAUGA